UGUCGUUGUAUUUUGUUUCAGACCAUCAAACCUUCCAGCGAAAUGCACGGAAGAAGCACUGCGUCACAAGGCAGAGCACGCUCGCAUGGUCGAGGCAGCGAGGCGGAGGGUAGAGAGGGAAGUGGCGGCGAGGCACGCCAAGCUGCAGGAGUCGCUGCGGCAGGAGGAGCGGCUGGCGAGGCACGCGCGGGAGUGGACGCAGACGAUACUGCCCGACUGGCAGAAUAUGAAAAACACAAAACGGACUCUAGAGCUAUGGUGGUGCGGGCUACCACCAGCUGUUAGAGGUAAGGUGUGGCAACUAGCCAUAGGGAACAAGUUGAAGAUAACGCACGAAAUGUACCAGGACUACGUAGCGAAAGCCAAGCAGAAGUUACAAGAAGCACAGCUCAGAAGGAAGCGGUUAAAAGUUAAUCAGGGAUGUGGAUGUGUUCCUAGGAAAGAUAAAGCAAAAUUCGAUGACGUGCUACCGGCAGACACUAAAAAAGAUAAGAAAGAUGACGACAAACGUUUAGGUAUACCGAGAAAUUUCAGCGAGCAGAAUUUGAAGUCGCACACAGAAGACAGUGAGCCUAAGAAGUGUUGUUCGAAGUCGAAUCCUGAUCUGUUGGACUAUGGUGAUGAGUGUUCGAUGGAGCUGAUACAGUUGGACAUAGCGCGGACGUUCCCACACUUGUGUAUAUUCCAGCGCGGAGGGCCAUACUUUGACGUGUUGCACGAAUUGUUGGCGGCUUAUGUUUGUUACAGACCUGAUAUUGGAUAUGUGCAAGGCAUGUCGUUCAUCGCGGCGGUGCUGAUCCUGAACAUGGAGGCGGCCGGUGCGUUCGUGUGCUUCGCCAACCUGCUGGACGGCUGCGUGCUGCGCGCCGCCUUCACGCGCGACGGCGCCACCAUGCAGCGUUUAUGGAAAGCGUACGGUCGCCUAGUGGAGACGAACAUCCCGGCGCUGACGGAUGGCGCGUUACUCCCCGAGCUGUACUUGCUGGAGUGGCUGUACACGGCGUUUGCAAAAGCUAUGCCGCUGGACGCCGCCUGUCGCCUCUGGGACGUGUUCCUGAGGGAUGGCGACACGUUCCUGUUCAAUGCUGCGCUUGGUAUCCUCCACUUAUACCAAGACGAGCUGAAAGACAUGGACUUCAUAUCGGCCGCCCAGUUCCUGACCAAGCUCCCCGAAGACCUUGACGCCGAAGCCCUCUUCAAGAGCAUCUCGUCAGUCUCCAUGUGCUGUGACGGUAUGUCGUUUGAGGAGCUGGUCUCCUGCUGCGAGGUCGACAGCAGUCUGGACGAUGAUGUGGCGGUCAGGUUAUGAUAUCCGAGGAGUUGGAGCCACAGCUUCUGGGACCUUGUUGAUGCCCUGUCCUUCAGGGUUGGGUUAUAGUGACCUUAGUUAGACUUGACCCUAAAGAAUUUGGGAACCGAGGCUAAGUUCUUGCGGUCCCGUGUCGAGGAAUUUUAAUGAAUUAAAAAUUUUAAGACCAUAGUUUGACGUCCAAGAUCAUUUAGUGGUGACUCUUACCCUGGUUUUUGUUAGAAUACGAUGUUGCGUCCCAGUAAAGAUCGAAGACCAGGAUGUACUAUUUCUAGAACUUGAGUUCUAACGUUAAUUAUAGUGACCUGAAUAACUUUGAAUAUUCUUGAACAAGUUAGACGAUAACAUUGUAAUCUGACAAUACCUGAGGAAUAUUUUCGAAAUUAAUUCGUUGUUGACGUUUUAGCUAUAUGAAUUUAUUCGUAGUUAGGAAUGUUGCAAAGUAUCGUGGAUUAUGACGUCAUUGUAUAUCAUUCGUAGUUGUGUUUGAAUAGUUUUCGGGAUUGUUUUGCUCGUUUACUAACUGCGAAUUAAACAGUGAUGUCAUAGUUCAGUUUGACAACUAAAGAUCAUUAGAUAAAAUAAAAAAUAAAAAAGAUAAAUACUUGAACCAUAAAAUGUUGUCCUUUGGGUGAAAUAUAGUGACUUGGUUGGGUUUAGAUGUCGUUUUGUGUCAUGCGAUUUUUACUCUUAUUGUCUAAAUUACGUAUUCUCAAAAUAGAUAAAUGACACGAAAACUAAAUUAAAUUGUAUGAUAUAGGUAUGUAUUCAAAUUAAAGUUUCGGUCACACAGCCGUGCAGGGUCGGAACAGUGGCGGCUCCGUGUACGGUCACGGAUACAAAAAUUUGCAUAGUGAUUUCUUAUGUUUACACGAAUGUUAGACAUUAAAAGAAUUUUGGGUUCUAUCGCGGUUUUUGUAUCGUAAUUUAAUUCCGACGAAACAAUUUUUAUUUCAUUUAACAUUUUUUAUAAAGCGAUUAUAUAUAAUGAAACCCUUAGGCUCUUAGCUAUCAAUCCGCACAUCUAUGAUAUCUAUUCACAACAUCUAAAAUCGUAUGAUAUUUGUAAAUAAUGGUUAUGUCGUUGUUAUUUUCUAUUUAUGUCUAGAGUACCCGCGAUAUACGUCAGAUAACAACUCAUACGCCCUGUCACGGUACCGCCGCGGCCCCUGCUCGUCGAUGUGUGAACGAACCUUCAUUUGUAUUUUGAGGCGGAAAAUUGACUUAACACGGGGAAUAAAGAAUAUAUUCCAGCCCUAUAUUAUAUAUAGAUAUUCUGGAAUAAAUUGUUCUAGAGAAGUGUGCCACAUAGUUUAGGAGAGAAUGUGUGUGUUUGUGCGCGUGAGUUUAAAAGGUUUUUUUAUGGAUGUUGUUAGGUGUAUUUAGAUGUUUGUUAGAAAUAAAUAUAUGUCAGUGAUUAUACAUUGGAUUAACUGCAUGACUUUUUCGCUGUUCUGUGAUCGUUGUACAGUCAGAGGCAAAAGUGUUUGCAGAUUAUAAUAAUGUAGAUAAACUUGUGUGGUUGAUUGUAUGCAUGAGAAAAAAUAAAGCAGAUAAAGUGUUUAUAAAUGCAAUACAAAGGAUUAUAGACCUUAUCUUUAUUUCCUUUUUGUAUUGUAUUUCAUAAUAUGUAGUAUAAAAUUGUAUUUAUAUUUAUGAACCGUAGAAGCUUCACACAAAAGCCAUUUUUGCAUACAUACAUGCAAAAAUUAUACAUUAUAUUACAAAUCAUAUGGUGUCUAAUACGCUUGAGUGCAAUGUAAAUUAUAUAUAAUUAUAUGUAUAUACGUUUAUAAUGAAAUAUAUUAUAUGUUGUGAUCGUGAACUUAACAUGUUAUGAUAUGAAUAUAGAUACAAUGAACUUGGAAAAAUAAAAUGCAACGUAAAUUCCUUUUUGUCAGAUUUAACGUUAAUUAUUGGAUUUAUUUUAAAAAUAUAUUGUAUUUUAUAUCUUAUAUUAGCAAUUAAAUAGGCCGACAUAGUUGUGUCGACCGUCUGGGGAUGAUUAUCUCUUGCCGGUCGACAUGUUUUUGGAUAUCUUUUGACAUUAGGUGCAGUGAGGUCACAUGACCGGACCGCUCAUAAAAAAUAGUCUUCAACAAAUCUGCAGCCAUACAGGCAGUGGAGCAUUUCUCAAAAAAAAAGUACGAAAUUAUUUUCAUGAUUUUUUCUGUUUUUUUGUGUGAAUAAAAUCAGAUGAGACAGAAAAUUUCUUAAAAACUUUUUCCUUACGUCAUUUAUUUUGAGAAAUACUGAAAGCGUUAUUAAAAAUAUAUUUACACCGACAAGUUAUACGAGUAUUAAUAUUCAUACCAGAACUAUCAUAAUUCGUAAUAUAUAUUAUAUUUAACAUAGAGCGUACAGUUGGUUGAAAUAUGCUGUAGUAAACAACGUGUGGAAUUGGUAACAGAUAAAUUAGUGAAACAAGCCGUUGAUUUGAGUCUUACAAAUCUUAUUCAGUAGGUGAUGUAACCCCUCCAAACCAGGGGCGAUAGGUGAAAUUUUCUAAUACAACAUAUAAGUAUUAAAAUACACAAAUGCGGUCUGCUAAUCGUUCUAAUGAUAAUUAGAUUCCACAUAAAAGGGGAAGUCGGCAAGAAUGAGGUUAUAUGGAGCCUUCACCACUGCUCCAUAGUUCCUCGCGUCUCGACCAAAUCUACCGCAGGGUGAUGAGCGCAGUGGAAUAACAUGCAAUAUCUUGGUAUUCAGUUUUGUAUGGUGUUGCUGUUGGUUGUGGACGGUCGUAUCGGUUAUUACCUGGCGAGCUUCAUGCUCGUCGCGUUAUUGAAUGAAAGUAAACAAGACAUGGUGUAUUUCUGUUUCAAUGUCACUCUAACCGACUUCUGAGGUCGUUGCCAAGCUGCCAUCUUACGAAUGAUAACGUUAAUAAAAACAAAUAAUAUAUGGGAAUGACAUAUUCGAGUCGAUAAACUUAUCGAUCGGAUAUUUCCAUAUAUUUUUUUUGUUUUCUAUAAGCGUUAAUGAUUGUAGAAAGGCAUCUUGGCGCUCAACUCUUGGCGAGUUUAAUUAUCUAAUUCAUUUGAUAUUGCGAAGCGGGGAAUCCCUCACUGUGAGAUGACUACCAUUCUGACGUGCCGUUGUUAUGCUCAAAAUAUAAACAAGCGGCUUGUUUUGCUAAUAAUGCUAUACGCGUUCUGUUGACAUAUCAUUAAUUAUACUGAAUAUGAUUUUUUAUUUAUUUAUUUUUGCACUUCACAUACAAAAAAUGUACGGCGGACUUAAUGCCAAAGGAUUCUCUCCCAGUCAACCUAAGGGUGGUGCGGAGAUAAAUAAGGUAGGUGCAUCAAGGAUAUGAUGCACCUACCUUAAGGUCGAUAUUGUGGUAGAGUGGCGUGGCGAGGGUUUCUGUCGCAUGGAGCGGACUCAAUGUAGACUCCGGCAAAACUCCGCAAACACAUGUCCCUAGCACUGCCCUAGAGUCUUCGACGACUUCGCGGGCACGUCCCCCCGCCCCUAGACAAGCGACUUCCUUCACACGUGUCGCCCUCCCUCCUAUGAGGUCCCUAUAAGGUCAUUUCAAAAAGUUGUAAGAACUCUAUUCUUUAUUAUAUGGAAUGUUAGUAACAGGUAUGAUCAAUAAUCAAUCUCAUACUAGACGCCAUGGUCAUUAUAGCUUAAUAUAUAGUGUUGGUACAGAUUAUAAAAUCGUUCAUUCAAUAUUUAUAUUCUGUAUUGUCACUCCAUAGAUUUUCGAAUGUUGUAUAAAUCGCUAGUGUAGGACUUUCAUCGUCAAUGUUAAAUCGAGUUAAAUAUAAAAUUAUCCAGUGUAAAUAAUUGUAUAUAUUUAAUUAUCAUUAAUAUUGUCAAUUAUAAUGGUAAUUUUUAUAUUACACUGGCGGACAAAAUAAUCGGAAUUUUAUCGAUAAUAUUACUGGAUAGGUUCAUGCUUGCAUAUUUUUAUUUUAAAUAUUCAAUAUCAUAGAAUCACUCCUCUCCUGCACAAUAUUACUCAAAUUGGAAAUUUCUGGUUCUUAAUUAUAUUCUUUCAUCAUAAUAUAUAUUUUAAGCCUAUUUCUUAGACUGUCUUCUGUUCAAAAAAGCAAAAAGGACGACUUUAAUAUCUAAUUUCAAUCUUUAGUUCUUCUAACAAUUCUUUUAUGUUGAGUUAUUCAAUUCAAUAUUAAUGACUAUUUCGAUGGUACUCAUAAAUUAAAAAAAAAAGUCUAAUGAUCUGUCAUUCUUUAUUGGUAGCUAAAACAAUCAUACACAAGAAAUUAAACAGUACAUAACAAAGUAUUCUUUUUUCUAUUGUCGAAAAUGAGGAACGAUAUUUUUGUCCGCCAAUGUAAAGUUAUUUAAUGUAAGGGAAAACAUUCAACGAGUAGUGUCACCGGCCUAAUAGUUAAUGAAUCUUCGAAACUGUUUCGAAAUCUAGUUGUAUUUAUCUUAUACUAUAUCUGUAGGUAUGUCUGUGUCUAUAUUAUGACGUCAUGUUCUUAACCAUUAGCUAGCUUGUACACGCGGUUUCGCGCGAAUACUAUUAUGUAGUUAUUGUUAUCUAUAUCUAUCACUUGUAAUAUGUAUGUUAUAACUCAUUUUAGGUAAUAAAACUUUUAACACAUUUCCUCAAAAUUAUAAACUUCUCCGCCAUCUCGUUAUCAAUUUUUUGUGGAUCAAAAUAAUAUCAAAUAAGUGAUUUUUUGCGUUAUUAGAGUAAAAAAUAAAAAAUUAAAAUCUUCAAAUUGUGGCAUUUGAAUACCCAAAUGCUAUCGACACUCGUACAACAGAACACCACAACCGCUCGCGACUCGCCUCGACACCAGUUGUUUAAACACGUUAUACUCCAGAGUGAUCAAUUUAUCCAUCCAUAUUUAUUCGGCCUAAGGAUUCUGAAUCCUACCUGAACAUAGUCGAUAUUGCAAAAUAAAAAUUCGUUUACCGUAAUUCUUCAUAUAAAUGGUUUGUUUUAAUAAAUAUUAUAUCAUAUAUCAAUAAUACAAACUCAUCACCUUUGCCGCUAAUAUUUUGACGGCCGACUUAAAGACAAAUUAUCGCACUGCAAGAGUGUAAACAGAAACUCGAAUCACGCGAAUUGCGAGGCGACCACGAGGCGAGAGUGUAAAUGGGACAUGAAAAGAAUAAUUUUUUCCAUGAUAAUAUUAUGUACCUAUUUAACAUUUUCCCCUAAUAUAUAUGUAUCUAAUUCAAUAUUCUAAUGAAUCCCUAAUACCAUUUUUUUUCAAGUUGAGGGUUUGGUAGGGACAAAUCUUCAAUAGAAAAAUACCAUAGUGAAUGUCCUAUCAUUGUCUUGUGUAUUCACAAUUAACCAUCUCUAGAAAUGAAAACAAUUUUACUUGGCGAAAUGUUUGUGUUAAUUUUACUAAAACAACCAAGUUUAACUACACACAGGGUUGUGAUAAAGUAUAUAAUGGAAUAACAAAAGUUACAUAAUUACAU